UCAUUUAAUUAUACUUCUUAUUUAAUGUCAUAUUUGUGCGCCUAAAUUAGAUUGGUAUUACAUUCACACGGAAGAAAGGACAUUGGGUAUCAUUUGCACGAAUAAUACAGGCUCAUUUAUUACUCAUGUAUCCACCGGCAGCACUGUCCAAAGAACAUAAAUUCACUUUUUUCCAGGUAUCAAAUUGGUUCAUCAAUGCUAGGGUUAGGCUGUGGAAGCCGAUGGUGGAAGAAAUGUAUCAGCGGGAGUUCCAAGAAGGACAGGAGGCAGCUGAGGCAAAACAAGACAAUGUUAAUGAACCAAAUUCAGAAACCCACCACCAAAACAAUGUUGUGACCACUGCACAAACUACAAUGCAAAACACUGCUAACAUAACAGCAGCAAGCAAAAUAUCAGAAAUGAAUGCAUUAGAAAAGGACCCUUCACAAAACAGCAUCAAUUAUAGGCAGUGCACCUUGGGAAACCAACUCGGUUUCCAAGCUGGCAGAUCCUCCACAUCCACAACGUGUGCUGAUCACCUGGCGCCAUCCGUGUACCGGUGUUUUAUGGCGAACAAGGCCGGAAGGCACGACUUGGGAGUAUCGACAGAUGAAGGUGCCAACGCGGGGCUUGUUAGGCUUGGGAGUUCUCAGGCAGGAGAUGUGUCUCUCACUCUGGGACUUAGGCAUUCGGGAAAUGUACCUAGAACUAGAAUGAGCCAACUCUCAAUCUCAGACUUUGAAGCAUAUUGAAAUUAGUUCCCCAAGUGUAUGGGAUGUUACGGUUUCAGAAGACAGUAUCAUAAAGUAUAGAAUAUGUGAGCUGGUUGUUUAAAUUAUUAAGCAGAGUAAUUGUAUAGAGGAGAGAACUAUUUGAAGACUUGUAAUAUAUGAAUCUUAUCAUGUUUAUCAUGACUUGCAGGGGCAGAUUUUAAAUGUAUGGUUAGACGAAGACCAAUACAUGUUUAGGGGAUCUAUUUAAUCAAAAUCUGUCAGCUGCCUACUUUCUUGUAAAAUAACUUGCAUAAAUCAAGAAAAUAAUUUCUUUC